GUUGCAACCCAACGUUAGCUUUGUCUAGAUUAAAAUUAAUACCUUUUUAACACUUACUGACCACCACAGCUCCAGCGGCGUGUGUGCGAACGUCUUUUAACAUCAAUUUCCAUCUAAAUUGCCACUUACACGUUUUUCGGAAGAAGUCUUAACACAGAAUUGCAGUGGAAUACCGGUUUGUCACGAGUAGCACGAGUUCCCCGUAUGGAAAUGAAGACACCUCCUGAAGAAAAGUCUGUCAACUUUCUGUUGGGCGCUUCUCUGCUGUAUAGAGAAACGUGUCCGGAGCUAUCGCGGUUCCUCAUGCAGUGGCAUGUGAAGUCUAAUGGACGAAAGAAGAAAUCCUCUAGUCUGCUGCAGAGCACCUCAGUGUGUCCGCACUGUUAUCAGUGGCUGCAGCCUGGCAAUCACCGGGUGCGGCUGCGGCCCAAGCGGCGUCCUUCAGCACGUGUGCAGAGUGUCUUGCGCAGGAGGGCCAGGGGCAAACGACUCAGCCUGGUGCAGAAAAAUCUGCUGCACUGCUUCCAACAGUCCUCCUCAGUCCUGAUGGCCACCUGCCACACUUGCAAUACGACAUCCAGACACAAAGGAAUGAACAGGGACUUUAUAACGACCCUUGCUAAGACCCACAGCACACCGGGGAGCGCUGGCAAGCACAGGACCCCACAGUCCACCAACAGAGCCAACAUAACUACUCCAAAGACUCCUGGCAAAGACAAGACUCCUGUUCACACACCUAGGUCCUCCACCUCCUCCAGCACUUCAGGGUCGAGCUCAUCUUCCUCCAAGCCCCCCUCUAAACCUAAAAAUUGGGUCGUCCAGCGUCUCAGUAAGAUACUCAUGCGAGAGGACACCCGGGGCAGCAAGAAGGGGGGCUUGAAAGAUUUUCUGUCUUCACUUUGAGUAUCUCCCAAAAUGCACCAUGUCUUUAUGUAUACUCUUAAAAAAACAAGGAGUCAGACCAUGUUGUAACCUGUUUACACCAAAGGUUAAGGGGGGACUUAAGAAAGUAACUUUGGUUUCCAAGCCGGUUUGGGAAGGGUAAUAGUUUGCCCACCAACUCAGCUAUUGCUGGGCUGUUUGGAAUGGCGCUCCUGGUAUCCUGAAUGCAGUGGGAGCACUGGGCUGGCUAUUUCAACUAUUAAUCAGGGUUGCUGCAUCUUCAGCUGAGCCAGUCGAAGGAGAACGCUUCUUCCGUCUACUUUAGCACACGCCUCUUAUAGUCUCCUAAACUGGGGAUGCUAUUUUACGUGGAAUGUUUGAGGAAAUAUCCAGUAUUUAUCAAAUGGCUGAAACAUCGAAGAAAGCCUAACCUUGUUCUGUGGUGGUGUUCGUGGCAUGACAAGCUGGUUUACAUGCCAAUAUCUGUCUCCAUUUUUUUUUCUAAAGUUCCAAGUAUAGAUUUAUAUGAUGAAUACACCUAAAAUUAUUUUGUAUUCAUACUACCUGAUGUUAAAACUUUGGUAUUUACUUACUUUAUUUUUUGUCCCUCUCCAGUGGGGAGCUGUGUCUGUGUGAACUAAUUUCUUAUGGCAUUGGCUUAAUAUGACAGACUGACAAAUGUAUACAUGUUGUUGCCACUGUUGCAUUUUUGUAUGUGCAUACAAAUGAUUUUGAAACUGUGCACAGUCACCAGUGAAGAUAUUUGCAAUUAUUGUCUAAAAUGGGACUCAACAGUUGCUGUUUACAUUGAAUAGGCACAACGGCCUAAAACCUUAUUGACAAUCAAUAUUGUCAAGACUUUACGUUUUCUUGUAAUAUUUUCUUUGGCUAUAUGUUUUUGUAAGGUUACUCUUUUCAUCUUUUUGUUAAGAGUGGGAAUUUAGAUAUAUUUGCUGCAUUUUGUACUGCCUGAUUACCUACCUGUUUCCCAUUAGCUAUUCAGUGUACAUUAUGUGUUUAAAUCCUGAAAUACCUCACAUUUGUA